CGUGGUGCUUUGGCCAUCGAAAACAAUGACAAUAUCCACGGACAAUGCGCAGGUAUAAAAUGUCGCUGCUGGAUGCCUCUUGAGCUCUUUACUACUCUACCGCCAUGUCCACCUCUUGCGUAUGCAGUAUCUGCCUCUCUGACUUUGCCGACCCCGUUUGCAUGCCCUGUGGACAUGUCUACUGCUCGAAUUGCAUCGCACAGGCAACCAGCGUUCUGCGUAAUGAGGGAUUAACCACAGCCCAUGCCCUGCCUGUCGCAAGCAGUUUUCUAUAUCUCUCACGCGACUUUCACGAAUGCUUCGGCUACCCCCUCCGGAGGCUCUACGUGAAUGGAAUAAGGGUCAACUUUGAGGACCAGAUGAAGAGACUGGAGGAGCGUAUUGCGAGUUUGGAGCGGGAGAAUCAAUCUUUGCGCUAUCAAGAUGAGAGGUACGGCCGGUCUGUGCCAUGGCUUGCACGUACACUCCGCACGGGAUCGGGAUUCCCGUCGUGGAUGCCGCGAGAGGACCGUAAUGUGUCGAGCAUGAAGUGGUUGGCGAGCGCAUUUGUGUUUGGAUUGACAAUGACGGUAGGGUUUGUUGCAGGCUUCAUCUUGUACGAUGCUUUUGGUACACAUCCAGUCUUGAAUCCCGAGGUAUAUUACGGGUAGGGCUUUACAUUGCAUUUGUGACGUUGGUUGCUACGAAAUCAUUGUUGUGAUAGCAUACAAAGUUUCCCGAAAAGCCAGCAAGUAGAAGUCGAAGUCUAGGUCAGUAUAUGCCCCAGUCAGAGCAACGCCCAUCGUGUUUCCCAGGAAGAGUCGGAGUGAAAGUGGGUGAACGGAUUCAAGUCACAGCGGAACAUCACAAGCCAUAUUUCUGCCAGUGGUCUGUAGUAGCGUUCGACAAAGAGAAGCUCAAUAGUAAAUCCAAUACAUAUACGCCUGGCAUCAUUACCCAGCAUGCCUUCUUCCUCUUAUACUCUAACUGCCUCAUCUUUUGCAGGUCUUUCUUCGCGUUCUCGACCGCUGUCAUAAGAACACGGCCAUCUCGCUCGAGGGCAACGUUACAC